AUGACAAGCGGAUAUGAAGGUAGUUGUACUAUCGACUUUAGUAGUGGUAGUUGUUGCAAUAGUGGUGGUGAUAGUAGUGUGAUGAUAUUAAUGAUGAUGAUAGUAAGUUUCUACGAGUUUGAAUACGACGAAGAAAAACCACAGGCUGAUGGACGCCAACUGGCAACAACCGAUCUCUGUCCGCCCGUCCCCAAACGACUUCCUCUGGGAGGGUGCGAGCUGGAGCAGUGCAGCUCGGAUAGAGAGUGCGCUGACAAGCAACUCAAAUGUUGUUACAAUGGUUGUGUUUACACCUGUCUGCCUGAGGUCAAGCCGCCGCCAUAUUUUGACUGGAUUCGGGAGCCUCUGAGACGUCUUCAGUUUGGUCAGUCGUGGCUAGUGCCAGGGCCCAACAUUCAGCUGGACGUAAUGACGUGCAGUACAAGUCCCCUACAAGAGGACUCCGACCCCUUGGUGUGUCCCCACGGCUACGAGUGCAGCAUUGAUGACGACAGCAGAUCAGCACAGGAAGUUCCCAACAGAGGUCACUGUGUCAAGGUAGCCGAUGACACCGCAGAUGGUAA